AUGAAGAACGUCCUCUACUUCUACGAUGAAGAAGUUGGGAACUUCUUUUAUGGGCCAGGUCACCCCAUGAAGCCUCACCGCGUCCGCAUGACACACGACCUCCUGCGGAGCUACGGACUCUUAGACAAAAUGGAACUGAUGCUCCCGCCCCAUCCAACGGUAGAGGCCCUUACGCAGUUUCACGCCAACGACUACAUAUCCUUUUUACGUUCGACCGCAGAAAUGUACCCGGCCUCUCUACCCAAUGGGGCAGGAGAUUCAGGGUCCCCCUCUCCUGAGUUUCGAUACGCGAAUUCAGCCUCUAGCCCUUCUGGAAUCACUUCUGCCGUUUCCCCAGGCUCUUUGCAUGGCUUGCCCGUUACCGCGGCUACCUCCCAGGGCAGCACUCUCUCCCCUGUGGGGUUUGGUAGCAGCGGCUCGAACGGCAGCCAGUCCGAAGGAGGAGGCCCUUCAAGAGCUCCCGCCUUUGUGGACCAGAUCAGCAGGUUCAACAUUGGAGAAGACUGCCCCGUCUUUGACGGCCUCUGGGAAUACUGCAAGACCUACAGUGGCGGCAGCAUCGAGGGUGCACGACGAGUCGUGCAGGGGGAGUACCAGUUCGCCAUCAACUGGGCUGGAGGGCUCCACCACGGCAAGAAACACGAAGCAAGUGGCUUCUGCUACAUAAACGACUGCGUUCUCGCGGCCCUCGAGUUCCUGCGUUACAAACACCGUGUUCUAUAUGUAGAUGUGGACAUACACCACGGUGAUGGUGUCGAAGAGGCCUUUUACACUUCACCGCGCGUUCUGUGUUGUUCGUUUCAUAAGUACGGGCACUUUUUCCCCGGAACGGGAGCGCUGGAUGAUAUUGGGAUGGAAGAGGGUCUUGGAUACAGCGUGAAUGUGCCACUUCACGAGGGCAUCGACGACAAGAUGUACUCUUCUCUCUUCAACCGGGUUAUGGACCAAAUCAUGGACAUUUACCGCCCUGAAGCAGUUGUUCUGCAGUGUGGUGCUGAUUCGGUUGCGGGUGAUCGCCUGGGUUGCUUCAACUUAUCCCUCGACGGCCAUAGUGAGGCUGUCCGCUACUUCUGCAAGGCUGGAGUGCCCGCAAUCUUUCUCGGUGGUGGCGGUUACACCCUCGGAAACGUGCCAAGGUGCUGGGCCAAAGAGACUGGGUACAUCCUGGGUGUUGACCUGGAUCCAAAAAUUCCUGAUACCAGCAUGUACCGAGGGUAUUACGGCCCCAACUACGAGCUCAAUAUUCGAACAACAAAUAUGGAAAAUCGGAAUGAAGAGAAGUAUAUUGAUUCUGUUGUGCAGAAGAUAAGCACGACUCUGCGGCAACACGUACACCCAAUCGGAGGGCAAAUAUCCGCAAACUUUCCUGAUGGCGCAGUCGAAACCGGAGUUCAUCUGCAAAGGGAAAAAGAGGAUAUCGAGGAUGAAAAUGGCGACACAGAAGAUGCCACAGAGCAUUUCAGCAAGACUAACAACCGUGAUCGCGGGUAA